AUGUCCGAAGACUCAUCUGGUUACCGGCCCAUUAAACGGAUUCGGCAAGCUUGCCAGAACUGCCGGCGCAAGAAAGCCCGCUGCACUGGCGAGAAGCCGGAGUGUGCUCUAUGCUCCCGAUGUGGUCAGUCAUGCAGGUACUUGGACGACGAUAGCACGAUAGUUAGCCCGCCUGCCAUCUCACCUGGUCCUGUUAAGAAACAUCAUCACCCAAAAAAGUUCCGCGAUGACGAGAAGAUGAAUGGCUUCUCAGCGCGCCUGGCUACUCUGGAGAGCCAGAUGGCUGAAAUGGUCCGCAGCGUCAGAUCGAUUGAGCGAAGCUUGAAUGGUCCUCGUAUUAAUCAGAAACCCGACUCAACCGAUCAGAUCACGCAAAAUGACGCCGGACCAAAAAUAGGGAUCGAAGCGGACGUCACCGUUCCUUCGGCCGUACUUAAUAAUCAGCUUCCUCCUCCCUAUAUCGUUCGCACGGCAGCAGAUCUUUACUUUCGCUAUUGUCACAACCAACCUUACUCGUUGUUUCACGAAGGCAGCCUUCGAAAUAAGAUUGAGUUGAAUGAAUUGCCGAAACAUUUACUUCUUGCCCUGGUGGCAAGUACCGUGCGCUACUCGAGCGAUCUCUUCUUCAGUGAUAAAAAUGCAGCAGUGUCCGCAUACGCGCAUCAGUCAUGGAAGGCCAUUGUGAUGCCCUGGAAUGGUAUUCAGAGUGACGCAGAGCUUAGCAUCGUUCAAACUAUCCUCCUUUUGGCGAUCAUCGACUACACAGACGGUCGUACACAGGCUUCGUGGAUCAAAGUGGGACUUGCUAUCCGACUAGCACAAGACUUCCGCAUGAUGGUGGAGCCAGAUCAGAAUCUCUCUCCAAUUCAACAGGAUGAGCGAAGACGAGUCUUCUGGUCUUUCUAUCUUUGUGACAAACUCAUAUCUUGCGGCCAGGAGCGCCCGGCCGCAAUUCUGGACGAACACUGCAAGCUUGCGCUUCCAGGUGGUGAGAGCGAGUGGCGAGCUGGCCAAUAUCAACACGCGCCUACACUCGAACAACUUCUCGAAGACGACUCGGGUACUGCUUUAAAUACUCUAUCCCCGUUUGCCGUUUCCGUUGUGAUGGCAUCGCUACUGGGUCGUUGCGCUCAAUAUGCUCUCGGCGAACAAGAAGACCAGGCACCGGGAGGGCGAGUACUGCCGUGGAAUCCACGUUCAAAACAUUCAUCAAUUCAUUCGGCCAUUCUUCAGCACGAGUCGGAGCUAGGCUUGAAUGAGCCCCUUUCCACAAAGGUGGCGCGUAUCUGUCUAGCUGAUGACGGAUCCAUUGACCAGCACAAGGCCGCUCCACUCACUUUCUCUCGCGCCCUUUUCUACCUUUGUCAAUGUCUUCUCUAUAAUCCCUUCCUCUUGAAGAGACGACUUGCACAUGUUGGGCAAAGAACACCUCAAAGCUUCCUCGCACAGAACUUCGUGGCCUGCCGUACGGCGGCCUCCUCACUAUCAAGACUUAUGGAUGAUGUGAAGUCGUUAUGUUGCAGCACCCUGACAACUUCGUACGACCCAUUCUAUGGCUACUGCAACAUGGUGGCAGGUGUAGUCCAUGCUCUGUUUCUGGAGGACACGGAGGCGGCCGUGCGUGAGAUGGCUGGAGCAUCGCUGGAAGUCAGUCUAGAGAACCUCAAAGAGCUUUCAUGCUUCUGGAACAGUUGUGCCAUGAUGAAAACACGCCUUGAAGAAUUUUGUGCCAACCGUUCCCGAUACGCAGCCCUCGUCGACCCGACCGCCCAAGAGCUAGGGCUAACGCCCAGCGACGCCAACGAUCUCGCCGAGUGCCUCGACUAUGCGCGCAUAUCCACACCACGCUGCAAAACACAGCAACCGUCAAGGACCGCUGCUCCCGCCGAUCCUGGAGCAUUAUCGCAUCUUCCUAGUCCUUACUUUGAAGAGCUUAUGAAUCUUCUUCCAUUUACUUCUAGCCGACCAGUCAGCCCACCUCGAUUUGAUGGAUUAUUUGUCACAGAAUCGUCGGCAUUUGACGGCAGAAUGAAUUCGCAAAAUCCUUCUAAUUCCAAUUUCUAUUGA